GGCAACACUAGACACUUUUGUUUACUUCAUGCCGUGUAAACAUACCUCAACACAUGGUCAUUAGUGGUCACAUUCUACUGUAGUGUGGUUAGUGAAAUUGUUGUGAUGGAGGUGAAUGUAGCCCCGGCCAUCAGCCUCAGCACUCGGUCACAAGUACUGUGUGUUGAGUUUUCACCAUUUGAAUGGUCACGUAUGCUACUUGCUGUUGGUCUUCCUACAUCUGUAGCUGUAUACUCUGUUAAGUUUAAGGAGGAAGGUGAUGAUGAUAGUGAAGAUUGUGACCAGGUAUGGGAAUGGCAUGUUUCAAGUCAACCAGUAUCCCUGGCUUGGAGCCCAAGUUCCUCACUACAGGCAAUCCCAGGUUGUCUUCAGGUUGCUGUAGCAUCAGCAGACAACACUGUUAUGCAACUUUCAUCUGAUCUAGGAGAGGCUAAUACAGUACAAGACAUACUUAGUCACAGUGACUUUGUAAAUAGUGUGACGUAUAAUGGUGACACAGGCUCUUUAGUGGCAUCUACAGGAGAUGACCUCACUGCCCGUGUGUGGGAGAGUUCCUCACAGACACAGAUUGCCAAGUUUCUUCUAACUUCUCCUGGUAUGGUUGUGUGUUUUCAUCCUCAAGAUCCAGACUUACUCUUGGUGGCUGAGAAGAAAGGUGUGUUGAGGGUUUAUUCAGUGACCAGUGGCUGCUCAACGCUGUUCUUGCGGUGCCCUGGUCCUCUCCUGUGUGCUGACUGGUCCAUCCCUGACCCUGCUCUUAUCGUGGCUGCUGGAGCAAAGGGACUUACUGUUUGGAAUGUUGCAUCUCUGCAGCCACACAGCGAGGCAGUAGAAGUUGGUGGUGUGGAGAGAAUCUUGGCACUAAAGGUGUGCCGUUCAACACCUGGUCUGGUUGCUACACAAGCUGCUCCUCAUACAGUCAGAGUGACUCACCUGCACUCAAAUAAAAUUCCCAUUGCAGUGCAUCUUAAGGUUAUUGGAGGUAUGAGCUGGCACCAAAAUCUGCCGUAUUUAGCUGUAGGUUCAGACCGCAAAAUUCUUCUCUGGAAAAUUGAUAAUGUGUAGAUUGUUUGGUACUGUAAUUAAUGUUAUUUUAUUCACCAGUGGCAAAGAAGCCCAACAUGUAUGAAAGGCAAGUCAAAGUGAGAAUUAGGUUAAGGUGUGUUCUUAAAGACUAGGAAUAAUGAACAUGCUGUUAUUCAGUGUUAUUGAUUGUAAGUCUAAUUUAAAACUAAAUAGUUUGUGUAAUUAAAGGUAUGAAGGAAAAAUUAAUGUCCUGAUUGUGGUUGUAGCUUUUAGUUUGUGUUUAUAGUAUUAUGUAAGUAGUUUUUCUAACAUUUGUAAUAGAUCAAAUAAAACUGUACAUUUAUUAGUU